AUGGGAGGAAGAGAAAGAUUGAAGUUUGUGAAGAGGAGACUUAUUAGUCCCCAGCUCCCUAAAGUUAACAAUGAAACUAGCCAAGACAGCUCUCAUCAAAUCCCUUCUGCGACGACUCCUCAAACUGAUGAAGACAAUUCUAAAUUUUGUGCACCCAAUCGAGUGUUUCAAGCCAAUACUGAUGCCAAACUUGAUGAGUUGACAAAGGAUGUAAAUGAGAUUAAAACUAAAAUCAAGCUUAUCAAGGAGAAUCAACAACUUAUAAUCACAUUAUUGGGGGAAAUAAAGGAACAAAAGAAUAGUGGAGGAGAAGAAAAAGAAGAGGCAGGUACUGCUGCACUUGAUACUAAGAAGAGGACGAAGAGGAAGAAUAAUGAUGUUGCACUUGAUACUGAGAAGAGGACGAAGAGGAAGAAUAAUAAUGGUGCACUUAAUAAUGAGAAGUGGACGAAGAGGAAGAAUGAUGAGGUGAUGAACAAGAGGAAGAAUGAUGAGGUGAUGAACAAGAGGAACCAUGAUGAUGUUGAUGAGAUUAAGAGAAAGAAGAAUGAGAGAAAGGAGAGGCUGACGAAGUUGGCAAAGAAGAGGAAGGCUGAUGAGUUGGCCAUUAAAAGGAAGGCGGAUGAGUUGGCCAAGAAGAGAGAGUUGGCCAAGAAGAGGGAGUUGACCAAGAAGAGGAAGGCGGCCAAGGUAUAA